GUCGGAACCAAUUUUUGAGCGGACACUGCGGAAGUGUAUAGGCGGCUAUCAUCGGAAAGCAGUCGGCAAAGUUAGCUUCACCAAGCAAUCUUUAAGAUGACGGACCGCUACAACAUCCACAGCCAGCUGGAGCACCUCCAGUCCAAGUACAUCGGCACCGGCCACGCCGACACCAGCAAGUGGGAAUGGCUUGUAAACCAGCACCGAGACUCGCACUGCUCCUACAUGGGCCACUUUGACCUGCUCAACUACUUCUCCGUGGCCGAGAACGAGAGCAAAGCCCGAGUCCGCUUCAACCUUAUGGAGAAGAUGCUCCAGCCGUGCGGACCGCCCGCAGACAAGCCGGACGACGCCUGAUUGGGGACACCUGAUUUUUCCCGUCUUUUUCUUUUACACAUACAAAAGACGCUCAGACUCAUUUUUUUUAUUUCUUUAUAAACAUGUUGUUACUAGAUUUAUUAUAGUGCAUGUUACGAGAGUGUCUGUUGGUGUAUUAAAAGUUUAGUUUUGCGUCUCUGCA